AUGGAAGUCAAGAGAUCAUCUACCUCUCCUCUACUUUUGGUUACCAUCAUGAUCAUGAUCAUCAUUUCUGGACCAAUAUCAGUCGAUGCAAAAUGUAAACAUCCGGUCGGACCGUAUACGGAGUCAUGCUUUACGGAUUGCGUAACCGGAAAAUACGGAUAUGAAUAUGAAUCCGCUUUUUGCGUACGUAACAAGACUGGAACUUGUAUGGUAUGUUGCUGCGAGAAAAUCAACGAAGUGUAA